CACUCUGAUCUCUCGCUCUCUCCAUGCGGUUGACAACGCGCAGCAGUGCGCCGAGCUCCUCCUCUCCUGGUGCGCACCGAUCCUUGAUUAACGCGUGUAAUGCCAAGUCAGACACAUCUACAGUAAAGGCGGAAAAAUUUACGAAAGUGAUGUUUUUUUCGUUUGAGAGGUUGGAAAGGGAUAACUUUCUUGUCUCAGGUGUGUACAAGCAGAGUCCAGUUAUUUUACCACUUUAGGGACAAAGACGAAAAUUGACACAUGGUCUGAAACGAACGUUUUUGUGACCUUACAUGCAACACUAAAAACAUGGAUCUCUAUGCGCAAAAUGAGACAUCUACGUCCCUGGAGUGCGUCGGAGCGCAGACUGAUGCGCUACAGACCGGAGCCAGUAACGGGAGCUUGGAGACAUCAAACAUCACCUGCGGCAACGUUUCCACACUCCUCAUACCUCAGCGUGUGAAGGAAAGAGAUGGGGACCACACGCUGCGGAUCCUCCUCUACUCACUCAUCUUCUUCCUGAGUGUGUUUGGCAACCUGCUGAUCAUUGUGGUGCUGACAGUCAAUAAGCGCAUGCGUACCGUGACCAACACCUUCCUCCUGUCGCUCGCUGUCAGUGACCUGAUGAUGGCUGUCUUCUGCAUGCCCUUCACCCUGAUUCCCAGCAUCCUCAAGGACUUCAUCUUUGGAGCCGCCAUGUGCAAGAUAGUGUCCUACCUCAUGGGCAUAUCAGUGAGCAUAUCCACAUUUAGCCUGGUUGCCAUAGCAAUUGAGCGCUACAGCGCCAUCUGUAACCCCUUGAAGUCACGGGUGUGGCAGACACGUUCACAUGCCUAUCGAGUUAUUGCUGCUACAUGGGUGCUGGCCUUCGUCAUCAUGAUCCCCUAUCCAAUCAUCAGUCACUUAGAGUCUUUUGAGCGUCCUGACAACACCACUGCUCACCAGUGUCGCCACAAGUGGCCCCUCGCAAAGGCAGAGCAGACCUGGUACAUUCUGCUUCUACUUGUGCUGUUUGCAAUCCCGGGGUUGGUGAUGAUUGUGGCCUAUGGACUGAUCUCCAGGGAACUUUAUAGAGGUAUCCGGUUUGAGAUGGGCCACAAAAAAGACUCCACUGAUGUGAAAAAUGGUCUGACCUCAACUGUGUCAAGUGGCAGUGAUGAUGGAGAUGGCUGCUAUGUUAAUGUGCAGCGGCCACAGUCGGUGGAGAUGUCCACCAUGGCUGCAUCCGGCAGGGCAAUCAAGGCAGAAAGACCACGCAGCAACACAUCUGAGGCCAAGCUGGAGGCCAAGAAGCGAGUUAUCCGUAUGCUGGUGGUCAUUGUUGUCCUGUUCUUUCUCUGCUGGAUGCCACUGUACUGUGCCAACACGUGGCGGGCUUUCGAUGACACCACUGCCAAACACGCCCUCUCGGGGGCACCCAUUGCUUUUAUCCAUUUGCUGUGCUACACCUCUGCUUGCGUCAACCCAAUUAUUUAUUGCUUUAUGAACACACGUUUCCGCAAAGCUCUGCUUGCCACGUUCUCGUGCUGUGCUGCACCUUGCCAUCGGCGUCACCGUGGGCUACGGGACAACGAGGAGGAUGUUAUGGCAACUGGUGCAUCCAUGUCCAAGUUUAGUUACACUACAGUCAGCACCAUGGGAACCUGCUGAGGCAGAAGGUUGCAGGCACAAUCCAGAAGAGACAGUUAAUACAGCACCCCAUAUCCUUUAUCUUUAGGCCAACUCUGUGCUCAUAGGGACAGGAGAUUGGAGUAGAAAAGCAGGCCAUAUAGUGUAGCAGUAGAGAAGCUUCACCCAUGACCGGGAGUAAAAUUAUGUAGGAAUAAUUUAAUGACACAGAAUCUUACAGUGUAAAUAUACAGUUAUCUCUUGUCACAGUGGACCAAGGCAAAUAGUUUGCUUAGAUGUUUACAGUGGGACAUGUGUGUGUUUGUGUGUAGUGCAGAGGAUGUGAGUGGUGGUAGGCUGUAUAAUAUGUGAGGGAGGCAGUUUGAUAACUUAGUAGUCAUUAUGUAGCUACUGUAUAAAAAUAGGAAGGCCAUCUGAUAUGUCAUUUUUUAACCGUGUUUUAUAUUUUUCAGUUGUUAAUGUGUGUCUAUGUUAAUGAUGGUAAUGCAGUUGCCUUGUGGAUUAAGUGCCUGGUUCUAAAUACUACAUUAUAUUUUUC